AUGAUUGGAACUGCGUUGAAAGUUGUCAACGUGUUUUACAACGAAGAGAUGCAUAUCUACGUAGCAAAACUGUUGUUAGCCAGAGAUUAUCAUGCGUCAGAGGAUAAUGACUUAACCGACUGCACACAUACAAGACAAAUAUUAAAAAACUGCUUCAGUAAGGGUGCUGUGAAUCGACUUAACACAGCAACAAUCGAAGAAAUAAAUCUUAUUUUUGAUGAAUUGGACGACUUGUUCUCCAGUGAACGAGGAUGGCUUGAAGCCGUUAAAUAUGAUUAUCUCGCAAAACACUACGCAGGUCAUACUGUAAAAAACUACAAUGAAGCACUAUCACAUUAUAAGAGAUCUUUGGAAAUUUAUGAACAAUUUCUGAAUGAUAAGGAGUUAAAUAUAAACCAUGAUAUGGGUGAAGUUCAUUAUGAAAUGGCUUCUAUUUAUGAAAAUAAUUUGGAUGAUCAUCCUCUCGCCAACGAACAUUGGAACCUUGCAAUUACUUACUGCCUUUCAUCUUUGGAGCACGCGAUAAACUCAAAUCAGAAACUUGAUAUAUACUCCACUCUAGCGUUAAGCUAUAACAGUAAGAUAGGCAUAAAUAGUGAUGAAGGGGAAAAGGAGAGCAAUACACUGAAUGCUAUCAGAUAUAGAAAAAUGGAGCUGGAAGAAGCGAUAGCAUAUUAUUCUUCUAAACAUGUAAAAGUGGCAGAGAAUUUGCAGCGUUUAGCUCAGCUACAAGGGUCCAUAUAUCUCUGGGAGGAAGCUUCAGCUAACUAUGAAAAAGCCGUCGAAAUCCACCUUGUACAAGAUAAGCCGGAAUUCAGCCAGAUUGUGUUUAUCUACGGAGAUAUGUGUCGAUGGUAUACUGAUCUGAAACAAGACUACAAUUUAGCUCUUCAUUAUAAAUCGAAGGAACUUGAAUAUCGUAUGAGACAUUCUGAAGCGAAUCAACAGGUUUCAGAAAUUAUAAGGAACUUUGUUAUGCAUGGAAUCGCAAUUUGUCAUUGCGAGACCGCUAAAAUUAAUAUAAAACUGCGCCAGUUCAAAUCUGCUUGUGAAUAUUUGUCCAAAGCCAAGCAGAUCUAUGAAAAUAGUACGUAUUUCGAAAAAGAAAAACGUAUUGAAUCUUUACUCAAAAGAAUACGAAUGAUUGAAUUACAUUCGUCAGACGAAGAAGACUGCUUUUCGACAUCGUCAUCUGGUAGUUCGGACGAAUCAUCAGGGACCGACGCAGAUGAAGACUCUUCGAAGACUGGCAGCGAUUGUGUCAGCUCCGAGCCCCGUAAAGUUUUUCAUUAUUAUUAUGACAAUUAA